GAGUGCUGCUGUUGGCUCCGGCAUCCAAACACCUACAAGUCAAAGAAGAAAAAGAGAAUUUAUCCAUUCAUCCAACUACUAACACGAGCUGCAGCAACCCACAGAGCAACAUGCGUCUGUCUUCUAUAUCGCUCUGUAGCCUCCUUCUCAUUUUAAAGCUGCAGCUGACUAGUACAUAUCCCAUCAGCACUGGCUUGACUGACACUGACAUGGACAUCUUGAAGGUGCUCCUAAGCAGACUGGAAGAGUCUGUUUCAGACCAAACGGCAGUGGACCAAAAUGCCCCUGGACAGAGAGAUCUUCUAGACAGCCUUAGCAGAGAGGACGCAGGAGAUGGACAUCAGCCAGACACCGGACUAGAUGAAGCUGAAAUCCGGGAGUUUCUUUCAGCCAAGAACCUCAAGAGUGUCCGCAAUGAUUCAUCUAGGAAAUCCUCUGGUUGUUUUGGGCGACGGAUGGACAGAAUAGGCUCCAUGAGCUCUCUGGGGUGCAACACUGUGGGAAGAUACAAUCCAAAGCAAAGAUGAAGUCUUACCAUCUAAAUUCCAAAACUGCAACGUCUCUACCCAAAGAUACUUUUAUUUAAAGGCUAUUUAUUUACUAAUAUUUAUUAAAUACUGUUGCUCAGCAGAAUAUUUAAAAUAAUCAAAGCCAAACUGUUCCUUGUGUACUGUUGAAUGUUUUAAUAAAUGUUUACAACUGCA